AUGGAGAAUCCCUCUGCAAAACAGAACCCGGUUGGCUCUAACCCUCUCAGGGCCUCAUCCGCAUCUCUGUCCGAACAUCGCUCCAACGUUGGCUCGGCUGAAGAUGACAAGGUUCAAUCGAGUGCCAACACCACUGUGAACUCUUCCGAAAAUACGAAUGGCCGCUCCAUCCGCUCUGCCCUCAGAGCUUCCUGGGGAAAGACACUUUCCAAAAUGCUUGGCAAGCAGGCCAGACGAGGCAUUAGUCUUGAUGAGAUGCUUGCCCUCGAACACGAUGCUGUCAACAAGAAAAGGGGGGGGUUCGCUGAGAAAUGGGAUAAACGGUUUGACAAGCUGCUUAACCGACCCGAUCGUCUCAAGCUUCAGCCUUCUAAGUCUGCCACUGAUGUCAACGUGGCAUCGUCAUACCAUGACAAGAACAAAGGCUUACUCAAACGCCGCAGCUUGGGAAACAUAUUUGGUUCUGUCAGAGCUCGCAAUACGCUCAAGAAGGGGAGCAAAUCCCGGGAGGCUCUUGGGAACACGAUGGGUUCCAGUCUUUCGACGCAAUCCUUGGCAAAAGAUCCUACUACCCUCGACAGUGCCCCUCCCAUACUGCCACAUUUACCGCCUUCAGGGAAUUUGACAUCUAGCAUCCAGGUAAAUCUUGGAUCCGACCCAGAGAAAUCCAGCACCGACCACUCGGCACAACAUCUGCGAACAAGCACACCUACGAGCCCGCAUCGGAGAGACCAAGCCGUACAGACGCCCCUAACGUCCAUCGCCGAACGCACCGAUACGAAGGGGAAAAGAACGCAUCACCUGGUAUUGCCAGGAAUGGUAGACCUUCAUACCGGACAUGAGCUGGUGUGGAACAAAUCUACCAACCCUGAUGCCCUGUCGGUGUCUAAGUGCAAUACACUGGCAUCAGCCUCGAUAGCCAAGCCUCGUUUGGGCCGAACUCGAUCGGAUCAGCUGUUGCAGGUGUCACCCACAAACGACACUGCUGAUUCCAUGCACACAAAGCGCACGUGCGACCUUCAAAUCCCUCGACAUGGGAGACAGCUGGAGGUCCGCCGUAGUCUGAAGGGAGAUCAGGUUCACAUCUAUUCAGGCAAGAGAAUAUUAUGGGUACCCGAGGCGAAAACCCAAAGCAUGGGUGAAGCGUCCACCAGUGAUGCUGCUGCGAGAAACGACACCAUAGAUUAUGCCACUGCUGGAAAAGGCAGCGAGGAUUCUGUCACUGUUAGAACCGACAUUCCCAACAUACCUUCUGAUGCUGGCAACAAGAACUUGAAGAGGAAGGCGAAAAGCCUAACAUUCGUUAGGCAGCUUGAGAUACAGCCUCGCGGUAGUUCUCUUACGGUGCCUCGAAGAAUGUCCUUUAAGAUGGAUCUGCGUGGUACUGACAGCGGCCAAGACGACCCGAAGUCGUCUUUGCACGGCGACUCGGACGAUGACGAUGGGAAGGAUGAGUAG